AUGUUAUGUGAAUGUAAGGAAUCCGACGGUAACUAUACUUGUCCACGGUGCGCCAGAGAUUACUGCUCUCUCAAUUGCUAUAAACGGUUCCAUGAGCUUUGCUUCCAAGCCGCCAAAAAAGAACUAGACCAGGAAGCGCUGCGCAACCACAAAAUCAAAAAUCCGCAACCAUUCAAAAAGCAACUCAAAGAAAUCCACCGCAAACUGGAAAAGGCAGAUGAACAAUUCGCAGGCGAACCUGAUCCCAUCUUUACGGAAGAACGGCUGAUGGCUCUUGCUGAUAAAAUAAGCCAGAAAGGCUCCCUUGAUUUUGAGGACUUCACCCCCCAAGAGCUCCAAUACUUCAACCCUACAGAAAUCAUGCCGCAAUGGCGUCCCUGGUGGGAAUCGGAUACAGCUGACGAGAUUCCCAAACAUCCAAUGAGCAGCACACACGUGUGCUGCGCUGAAAGCACAACAUUUUCGACCGCCAUGGUCUACGAUUUAAUGUACGCCAUUACCGUCUACUGCUGCAUCAGCCGGUUUGUAAUCGGCGACUGGGAAUGCUUAGGAGAGCCGCUGCUAGAGACUCUAAUGAGCAGUUCUUGUGUUUUCGAUGUUCCUCGAACCUUCCAGUUUACGAGCCCACUGGAAUGGACGUGGGAAUGGCUGGGGGAGGUGCAUGCAGAUGACAGAGCAAAUAGACGGGGGUACAGAACAAGCAAGUUUUGGAUAUCCCUUUACGAGUCUAGCGCAGGCACUGGCGACGACAUCGCUCGCGAUGAUGUGGUUGUUGAGGACGGCCCCCAAUUGCUUGAAGUUCCGCCGAGUCAGGACGGCUCUCGUGGAUCUGAUCUUGACUUGCUGAAGCGUGCACUCGAAGAUAUGGUCGUAGUGUGUGGGGAUCUGGGUAAAUGUCGUACAGUGUUCUGUCACUUGCAGAAGUUGUUGAAGAAAGAGUACAAGAGCUUGGGGGGUGGGACUGGAGGUGAACCUUCUAAGCGUUACAGGGGCUUAAUGCAACGAUUGCGGUUGUGGCAGUCGAUCGUUGACAACCAUCAGCCCUCCAUACAGGGUAAUAUAAAUGCUGGGCUUAGAUCAAUUUUUUGUGGUAACACAUUUUAA